GGCGGUUGUGGCGUCGGUGGCAGGCAUGCUGCAGGUGGGUCUAUGCAUCCUGGGACGCCGAGCGGACUCAGUAUUCGCCCAGGCUGCGGCAGCGGUGCGAACAGGCCGGUGCCUGGAAGGAGGCCGAGAGUGGACGCUUGGUGGGACCCGCGGUUUCAGAAGCGCCUCUGCAGCCAUGGCCCCGAUCAAGGUGGGAGACGCCAUCCCGUCGGUGGUGGUGUUUGAAGGGGAGCCUGGGAACAAGGUGAACCUGGCAGAGCUGUUCAAGGGCAAGAAGGGGGUGCUGUUUGGAGUCCCCGGGGCCUUUACCCCUGGCUGUUCCAAGACCCACCUGCCAGGGUUUGUGGAGCAGGCUGGGGCUCUGAAGGCCAAAGGGGUCCAGGUUGUGGCAUGUCUGUGUGUUAAUGAUGUCUUUGUGACUGAAGAGUGGGGACGAGCUCACAAUGCGAAAGGCAAGGUUCGGCUUCUGGCUGACCCCACUGGGGCCUUUGGGAAGGAGACAGAUUUGUUACUAGAUGAUUCAUUGGUGUCCCUCUUUGGGAAUCGACGGCUCAAGAGGUUCUCCAUGGUCAUAGAGGAUGGCACGGUGAAGUCCCUGAACGUGGAGCCGGAUGGCACAGGCCUCACCUGCAGCCUGGCCCCCAACAUCAUCUCGCAGCUCUGAGGUCCAGAGCCCAGACGUGCUCCUUCUGCGCUUUCCUAUUCCGCCUGUCCAGCCCUGGGCAGAGCCCAGCCCACCCUCCUGGGGCCGCCCAGUUGGAGCCUUGGCCAGAUUUCUGCAGUAAACACUUGUGGUUCA